UUUAUAAAUAAUUAAUAAAUUUCAAACAUGAAGCUUAUUGUUAAAAGUCUCAAAGGAACACAAUUCGAAGUAGAAGCAGAAUCUACUAGCACUGUUGGACAGCUAAAGCAGAAGAUUGAAGAAGAGCAGAAGUUGGACGCCAAGACCCAAAAAUUAGUAGCAGUUGGAAAGGUAAUGGCUGACGAUAAAACUUUGGAUGAGUACAAGCUGAAAGAUGGAGAUUUCAUUGUAGUGAUGAUUUCUAAGCCUAAGGUGAAGAAGGAAAAGAAGCCUGCCACUGCUCCUGCUCCUGCUCCAGCACCAACUCCAUCUCCAGCUCCACAGCCUGUGGCUGCUCCUAGUCCAUCUCCAAGUCCAGCACCAGGACCAGCGACUUCUUCACCAUCUCCAGCAACUGGAGGCGAUGGAGCAGGAGGUAAUGGAAUGAUGAGCGCAGAAGAAUUGGAAAGCACUCUCACAGAACUACAAUCAAUGGGAUUUGAUAGAGAUAAAUGCAUGCAAGCCCUCAGAGCAGCAUUUUACAAUCCUGAUAGAGCAGUUGAUUACCUAUUGAAUGGAAUUCCAGCAGAACCUCCAGCUCCAGCCAAUCCAGCUGGAGCUAAUCUAGGAAUGGGAGCCAUGGGAAGCGCUGAAGGAGGUGCCGGUGCUGGAGUAGGUGCCGGUGCUGGAGCAGGUGCUGGAGCAGGUGCUGGUGCUGGAGCAGGUGCCGGUGCAGGAGAUUUGUCAUUUUUAACCAAUAAUCCAAUGUUCGGCCAAAUCAGAGAUAGAAUUGCACAAGACCCUCAAUUUUUCCAGACCUUUAUGAGCCAACUAGCUCAAACACAACCGCAAAUCCAUCAAGCAAUUUCUCAGAAUCCACAGGCAUUCAUUUCCCUAUUGCUUGGAGGAGGAGCUGGCGGAGCCGGAGGUGCCGAGGGAGGCCAAGACCCUCCAGGUACAAUCAGAGUUACUCAAGAAGAAAAAGAUGCUAUUGAUAGACUCGCUUCAUUAGGUUUCCCAAAGCAUAGAGCUAUUGAAGCAUACCUCGCUUGAGACAAAAAUGAAGAGUGGGCUGCAAACUACUUAUUUGAAAAUGUAAAUGCUGACGAUCAGUAUGACGAGCAAUUAGUUCAAGAUGAAUCAGCAGCAGAAGCUGAGGGAAAUAAUCCAGGUGAUGUACCUCCAUCAAAUCCGCCAGCAGAUGCUGCAAUGGGUGGAUCAGAUGCUGCUCAGGAUAAUGCAGAGCAAAAUAUGGAAGUUGACCAGCCAGCUGAGAACCCUCCAGCUGAUAACCCACCAGCUGAUAACCCACCAGCUGAGAAUGCACCAGCUGAGAACCCUCCAGCCGAGAAUCCCCCAGCCGAUAACCCCCCUGCUGAUAAUGCCAAUAACAAUGCCAACAAUGGAGAUGCGAAUGCAAAUAAUGGUGGAAAUGAUGAAGAUGAAUCAUGCUUAUAAUUAUCCCAGC